CUGGUGCGAGCGCGAGAGGCGGGGUGAAUGGGCCCACCUCGUGAUCCAUCCUAUCUAUCCUCCAGCUUCCUAUCUUGCGCCCGCCCGACUAGAUAGACCGUCUUUCCUUCUGCGCGCAGCUUCACAAUGGAAAGUCCACCUUGAAAACUCUGCAAUCCUUAUUGUCCCCUGCAUCCCCAAUGUCAAUCCAGACGCCAUCCUGAUAGCUCCCGCUGUAGUUCGCCGCCAAUCUAGAGGCUGCUCGUGCCACUCCACUUUUUUCGCAGUUUCAUUUCCUACGUCUUCUGUCGUUCCCUCCAUCUUCAGACUCCCAGCUUUUUGCUUCCUCCCCAAGCAACUUGGGACCUAGAGAUGGACAUCAAGGGCAAGCGGCCCUCCACUUGGGACGAGUAUGAGCAAGGCCACCGGGGGUCGGUUGAAUCUGUGGGAAGCCGUGUGCAAUUCGAAGGGCUCGAGAGGCACCAGAGUGGCCAGAGCACUACCUCGACAGCCCAUUCGGGGUCUCCAGCUCGUAAUAUCAACCAGGGGGACCUUAGAAAACGCCGGUCGUCAAUGACUAUGCGAGUGCAGGCCCUCGCUGAUGCUGGUGGGGUGAACAGUAUCAACAACUUCGCGCGAUCAUGGCAACGAGCCGCGGGCUUCUUCGAGAUCACGCCAGCCAGGCCCUCUUUCCGCGUCGAGUCCGAUGACGAACACGAUCCCUUUCCUUCCCAAGGUCUACCACCACCAUCAGACCAGCGAUCUCUCUUACGAGCAGCUCUCGAGGAGGACGGCCGACUGCCAUCGGAGAACGUGUUUGACGAAGAGGUGGGGCCUUCGGAAGACACACGUCUACUACCUGAUCCUGUGGAGGAGCGUAUACAAGAGAGGAGAUCCGUCCGAGACGACAGUAUCUUCAGCAUUGAGCCUUCGCUGGCGUCCCCGUUUGGGGGCAGCUAUGGCACGUCUUAUGGCAGCCUCACAGCACGCGUGAACGAGCCUUCAAUGCGCCACGCUGGUAAAUUGUUCAGAGAACAGCAAUUAAAGGGUGUUUCCGAGCCGGAUAAAGAGCGGGAGCCAUUGAUCGUGAAGCAAAUUGAAGAGGAUGGCCACAUUAUCCAUGUCGUGGUAGGCCAGUCCACCCUGCCCCAGACAGUCUUCAAUUCGGUGAACGUAUUAAUCGGCGUGGGGCUUCUGAGCUUGCCCCUUGCUAUAAAGUAUUCGGGCUGGAUCAUUGGCAUGGUCUUUUUCCUAUACUCAGCUGUAGCCACAUCAUACACUGCCAAGCUACUCGCCAAAUGCCUCGAUGUAGACAGCUCUCUCAUCACAUUUGCAGACCUUGCCUUCGUCUCCUUUGGCCACAAGGCUAGAGUGGCUACAAGUGUUCUGUUCACAGUCGAGCUGCUAGCUGCCUGCGUCGCCCUCGUAGUACUCUUCGCCGACAGCCUGGACGCCCUAAUACCUGGCUGGGGUGUCAUCGCAUGGAAAAUCAUCUGCGGAAUAGUCCUAAUCCCCCUAGGAUUCUUGCCUCUCCGACUCCUCAGCUUCACCAGCGUGAUCGGAAUCCUGUCCUGCCUAGGAAUCGUCCUCGCCGUUUGGGUCGACGGAGCCAUCAAACCCCACCAGCCUGGCUCCCUCCGCGAACCCGCACCCCAAUACCUCUUCCCCAAGAACUGGCUCACCGUCCCGCUCAGCUUCGGCCUCCUCAUGUCCCCCUGGGGCGGCCACAGCGUCUUCCCCAACAUUUACCGGGACAUGCGCCACCCCUACAAGUACCGCAAUGCCGUCGACAUCACCUACGUCUUCACCUACCUGCUCGACCUCGGCAUGGCCUGCGUCGGGAUCCUCAUGUUCGGCGACGCUGUCCGCGACGAGAUCACCUCCAACAUCUUCCUUACCAAGGGCUAUCCCCCGGCCCUCUCUGUCUUCAUCGCUAUAUGCAUCGCUAUCAUCCCGCUCACGAAAGUCCCGCUGAACGCGAGGCCAAUCAUCAGUACCCUCGAGAUCCUCUGCGGCCUCGACAGCCGCGUCGUAGGGCACAGCGGCCCGAUGCUGGGCAUGUCUGGCAUGAGCCGGGGCUUCUUCAAGUUCUUCCUGCGCAUCGCCGUGACGGUUGUGUUCGUGUUCAUCGCGAUUGUGUUCCCGUCGUUCGAUCGGAUCAUGACGCUGCUGGGGAGUGUGGCGGGAUUUACGAUUUGCAUUAUUCUGCCGCUGGCGUUUCAUCUGAAGCUGUUUGGGAAGGAGUUGGGGGCUAAGGAGAAGCUAUUGAAUUGGGUGCUCAUUGUGAUCAGUGCGGUGAUGGCGAUUGUGAGUACGGUGUUUGCGUGUAUUCCGAAUCAGUUGCUUGGCGUGUGAGAAGGGUAGAGCUAGAUGAUGAG